GAGUAGAUUCCUGCAAGCCCAAACGUUAUGAAGGCGCUAAGUUAAUUGUUCGAUUUUGCUUCGUGCUUCGUUUAACUGCGGGGAACAACACUGAAUAAGGAAGAUGAGACAACGGUCCCGGAAGUUCUUGCUGCGUUUACUUAAAUUUGGUAUAUCUGACGAAGGUCAAGCUCGGCACAAUUGCACCAUUGCGAGAGCCAUCUAAUUAUGUACUUUGGAAUCAAGCCAAAUUGGUAAUGGACUGUUGACUCUUUGUGUUCACCGACCACCAGGUUAACCUUAACACUGUUUCCUUACGUAAGUAUUGAAAGAUUUGGCUGCAGUCGGAAUCUGAACGUGUAGUCAAACAACGCUGCUCCCCGAGAGUAACCACCGUUUUACCGCGGCAUUUCAACUUUAACGUCCAACUACUUUAAUGGCGACAAUGUGCUUUUGUUUCUUUGUAACGGGAGUGUCUCUCCGGUACCGUUCGUUUCUUCAAAGUUUAUCGUUUAACCAGGUUACGAGCUAAGCGUUCCGAAUGCGCCACGUGUUUGCAGGUGUAAUAUAUAGUUUGUGCUCCAGCCUCAGAAAUGGCGCCGUCUUAUGAAUCUUGAACAUAACCUCGAAGCGACUUUUCAAAUAUAACCGGUUACUCGACAAGUGGGGAAAAAUCGUAAACAUUUUUACUUUUGGCAACUGUUCAAUCUGCACAUGAAUGUCCGUUUGAAUUUAUUCAAAUACGGAACUCGUGACAAGAGGACAAUAUGAGCAUAUCCAAUGGAGUUCUUCACGAGAAAAUUCGGGAAUUACUUCCUGGCCUAUCUCCCAAUAUCACACCGCAAAUAUUAAACAAAUUAUGCGAAGAUGACAGUUUACAGCCAUUUCUGCAAUGGUUUUGCGAGAAUGUCACUCGUGACAAUGUCCUUACGGAAGAGGAGGUUCAAAUAAGGGACCACCUACAAAAAACAGAACAGUGGUUGCAAGGUACUGAAUUGGACGAGGCGCUUGCUGAGGCUACAAGUAAUUGUCCGCAACUGUUAGAAUUAGUUAAAUCAGAAAACUGGAGCUUGGAAAAGCAAAAUACUGACUUAGAAGUGGAGAAGGAAGCCCAUGGAGAAGAUGUAGAUUACCUUCAUAGUUUGGAGACAAGUUUCCAUAAUUUAAAAGAACUAGAAGAAAAACUGGAUGAGAAUCUUGAGGAAGAACAGACUAUGUUAAAAAAGGAUCGCAUUGAAUUGGAUAAAGCUUAUAAUGACUGUGAGGUGGUCUUAGAAAAAUUUGAUACUAGCCACCGAAAUGUAUUUAAAGACGUAAAGCUCCUCGUGGAUGUGUAUGCCAAUGCAGCCGAGAAGCAGAAAGGUCCACAGAUUCUGUAUACGCAAAUGCCCCUGGAGCUUUUUAUUAAAAAAAUGGAAAUGUAUGUUAACUAUCUACUAGUUUACAUAAAAAGACAAUUUGGAAGUGACUCAGAUCUCUCCAGACUUAUGAACGACAGCAAAGAUACUCGUGGUGAAGAAAUGUUACAAGAAUUAUCAAACUGUGAACAAAAAUUAAUGCAAUCUACGGUAGAUGAAGUUUUGGCAAAAACACGCAAUGCUGCUUCCAGUGGCAUCAAGGAAUAUGCCAUUAGUAUUUACAAUAAUGGAAAAUUAAAGAUACCACAGACUCAGGCACAGCUAAGUGCAGAAAUUUUAGAACUAACUGGGAAACGGGAUUACUUGGAAGAGAAUGUGGGGAUUCUGCUCGAAGAACAGUUGAAACCACUGUCAAGAAAUUUUGCUCGGAUGGAAAUAACAAAGAUCAUCUUGAAAGAUGCGGAGGGAAGGCUUCAGCGAAGGAAAGAUCGCCUAGAAAAACUGAGAAUAGUUAAAACUUUUGCUCGAGAGCAUGGUAGCGCGUAUUCCGACCUGCUUUCCAUGCUAAUGAAAUUGCAGUGUCGUCGUCUCGCAGAAAUACGCGAAUUCGCUGCGGAUGCUCACCACUAUCUCACGACCGAAUAUUCCUUGUCCACUAUGAGACGAGAAAGUAUGCAGAAACAACAAAACGAAUAUACCGCCAUACUGGAAGGACCGGUGAAGAACCAAAAUGUGUUCAAUAAAAUAUUUAUGUCAAUGAUACUCGGGAAGGAUAGCGAAGACGCAACUCUGCAUUCCGCAAUAAACCAAUACGACGCCUUGGUUGUGGAAAACAAGCUGAAUCGGGAAUUCUUACUAGGAGCUGAGUUGAAUGGUAAAAUUGCAAGUUUAAAGCCGCUGGAGGAUGCAGUGACUGCACAAUAUGAACACGAGACCCAAGAUGGGGUGACGGUCAGCUUAAAAUCCUCGGCCCCUGAACUCCUAACGCGAAUCCAUAAAACUACGAGCUGCCUGAAGAAGCUCGAUGGAGACCUUAUGACUACAAGAAACAAAUUGAAAGAGAUGAUGAAAAAGUACAACAUCGGUGGAUUCGAGAGGGACAGUCAAAUCCUAUGGCAAUAUUUUUUAGCAGAUCCAGAGAUGGUGCAGUUAAAAUAUAACGAAGCGAAAGUUAGCGCGGAUCGUUCCGUCUUUGCGAACCCUUUGUAACUCCGGCUCGCUUGACUUUCUCGUACAUGAUUCCCAACCUAAUUCACGGUAUACAGGUACAUUAGGACACUAAGAUAUCGCGCCGUCUUCAUAUAAAAAGCUGGCAUUCGUUACAUUUCCACGGAUUUGCUAUUACCUCAGAUUCACCUAUUCGGGGCGUCUCACGCGCAGGGUACCCUCAUGUCUUUUUAUACGAAACGUGAAAGUAAAUUAAAUAUUUAAACGUUAUAAUAUUUACCAUAACCACUCUAGAAUUUUCGGAUAAUACAGAUGCAACUCGCGUUAUAUCUGUAGCGGUCUUUAUUUUCUCCCCCGGCUAAAACUUCCCAGGGCGCCGAUAAAGCGGCGAUAGCGUCUAAAACGAGGGUUCCCUCCCAGCCGUGCGUUUCACCUUCAGUAAAUGGAAAGUCUUUUUCCCGCAUUAGGUAUUCUCAGGCGAGUCGGCGUAAUCCGACAUCUAGAAUUUCUCCUCUCGCGAGCUCGAGGCGUUGCGCUCGCGAAUGGCCGCGCCACCUCGGGCUCAUGAAUGGCUCGUACACUCGGCGCGCCACGAGGGUGUGCACGUCGCCGUAGGACGUAGAACCACGUAGAGUGACGUAGACCGGCGAACCUCUGUCGUAACCUUGAUCCGACCAACCCCCACCCACGUGCCGGUGUCCCGGCUCCGUGAUUGGUCGGGCCGCCGCGGAUCCAUCGGACACGACCGCGACUCCUUAAAUGGCAUUCGUCGAGGUAAUGCCUCUUAUCCGAGACGAUAACGAGAUUAACCUCGAGCUCCCCUAGAACUAAGAAAUCGCCCGAAGAACCACAAUGCCCUUUAAAUGCCACGGUACUUUUCCCUUCGUAAAUCGAUCCAAACCUGCGUUUACAGGACGUUAUAAGGAAAAGGAGCUCGUACCACGGAGCGUGCGUCUACGAGUCCAGUGACGUAGCGAUAAAACCGCAACCUUGAUCCGAGCAACCUCUUUUUCCCGGAGUUCGUCACCGAUAGGGUAGACUCUACCCAGGCACGAGAAGGCUUUUCGGAAGAGAGCUCGACGCCCUCGUUUUCGAAAUCUUGAGGCGAGAGCUCGCCGAAAGGGCAGGAACCGAGAAGAAUAAUGUCAAGGGUCGGGACGUUUUCGGAACGACCCGUACACGAUGCACGGCGAGGCUCUUGCAUUACGGUUCGACCGGUUCCUGCAUAGCGGAGUGGAAUCGAUUUUCCGACGGCCAGAUUUAGCCUCGCCGCCCUCGAGUUCGACCCGAGUGUCCUGGCAAGAAAUCCAGAAAUCUAAUCAGUCUCAACCCCUGCAUCGGGAGGUGCCAGCCUUGGCCGGUUACGGUCGCUAAAAAUAUAAUUAAGAAACGGAAACCAGACGUCACGCAGGCCGCGCUAGCUCGGUCUAGCGUGAUUACUCAGCCCCUUAUCUAUUCCGUAAACAUCGUUACGCAAAAAUAUAUGUAUACGUCACAUAACUAUGUAUCCGGAUGGUGUAUAUCAAGCAAACGACAAGGUCGAGUCGGUUCCGAGGAGGCUCUAAAAUUGGAAUAUCAAAAGUGGGACCCACACCUGCGUGCCUCGCGGUUGUGGGUUAGUCAAGAACGCAUACAAUGAUCACGUAUUAAACAUUCCUUGAAGCAU